AUGUCAACUCGAGCAGAAACCUCUUCUUUGCCAUGUCCCUUCCACAAAGACGAUCAGCUCAAUAAUGAUCUCGAUGCAUCGCUUGAUUAUCUGCCUGGUCAUCCCCGGAUCAGAAUGAGCGAUGAUAAGGGUUUGUGUGAUUUCAUUCGCCAGGAAGUCUGGUCAGAGGACCUCGAGUCGAUAUCGGACAGACUCUGGUGGAUGUCGAAGCAGGAUGGCAGCAAUAUCUCUCCGUUGCAUCGACAGCGAGUGAAGGGCCGACAGAUCAUCGUGACCGAGGAUCCUCGGCUGCAUCUCGUCUGGAUCGACGAUCAAAUCUUUCUUAAACCCCUUCCCCAGUACAUAACGUCCUACGUAUUCUGGGAUACGUUCAUAAGCGAUCCGUCCAAAUAUGGCGCGACGGCGAAGCUCAGAAAGGCCGCACUCGGGUAUCUGCGAACGUAUUUCUACCUGAUCCAGUAUGAAUCAGAUCUACGAAUCGCACAAGAUCCGGCUCUCUGCCUGGUUCCUAAAGAAGUGACCUGGCCUCGGUUCUGUCAGUUCACUACCCGUUUCAAGGACAUCACGGAUGACGAAGUGUCGGGACGAUAUCAUUACGGAGAGAUCCGAUUGUCCCGACUGAACUAUUACGCGCCUGUUCUCUUGGGCAAAAGCCAAUAUCAGCGUGUAAACCAUCAGUAUCGAGCGUACUUCGCUCGAAUUCAAGGGCCGGUGAUAUCUGCAUUUGCAUUUUUCUCGAUUUUCCUGAACUGUAUGCAAGUCAACCUCGCUGCCUCCGACUCUGAUGGGAGAUAUUCGAGUGCCCUAUUAUUUGCAUGUUGCUACUGGCUCAGCACUUUGAUUGGAUGUGUGACGGGUGUCCUAAUGCUGAUGUUGGUGUUUCUUUUCCUUUUCAAAGUGAUCAGGGAAUGGAAGUUUGCGAUAGCCCAUCGGCUACUGUGGGGAAAGGAUCCACAGCGAAGACCAGAAGGCUAUGUGUAA